AUUGACAUGUAAAAAAAUUGUUUCGGUUUGUGGUGCUGGCGAAUGUAGCGAUUUAUCUUUAUCAAAUAAGAAGUUGUACAGCAUAUUCUAAUAAGAUUAUAAUACAAAAAUAUUACUUGAAUUUUUAUCUUUAAUUAAUCCUCAAUCGUAGAAAUGCCCAAUAUGGAAUUACUGCAGACAUUAACUGGCCACAAAGGCAUUGUCUGGAACGUUUCUUGGCACCCCCAAGGAAAAAUAUUUGCAUCUUGUGGAGAAGAUAAAACGAUCAAGUUAUGGAGUAAAGAAGGUCAAGAAUGGACAAUAAAAACUGUUCUUGUGGAUGGUCAUCAGCGUACCAUUAGAGAAGUGGCAUGGUCACCAUGUGGCAACUACUUGGCAUCAGCUAGCUUUGAUGCAACAACAGCUAUUUGGGACAAGAAAAGUGGUCAGUUUGAAUGCAAUGCUACUCUGGAGGGACAUGAGAAUGAAGUAAAGAGUGUGGCAUGGUCACCCUCCGGUCAACUGUUGGCAACUUGUGGCAGAGACAAAUCAGUUUGGGUAUGGGAAGUGGCUGGAGAUGAUGAAUAUGAAUGUGAAUCUGUACUCAAUGUCCACAACCAAGAUGUCAAAAAAGUUGCUUGGCAUCCUUCACUAGACAUCUUGGCCUCAGCAUCAUAUGAUAACACAGUUAAGUUGUACAAAGAGGACCCAGCUGAUAAUGACUGGAGCUGUAUAGCAACUUUGCAGUCACAUGAAUCUACAGUAUGGAGCUUAUGCUUUGACAAGACUGGGGAGAGACUUGCCACUUGCAGUGAUGACAGAACAGUGAAAAUUUGGAAGGAAUAUAAACCUAAUAACCAAGAGGGAGUUAUAGUAACAGACAGAGAGUCUGUAUGGAAAUGUGUCUGCACAUUGUCAGGAUACCAUACCAGAUGUAUUUAUGAUGUAGCUUGGUGCCACCACACCGGACUUCUGGCAACAGCUUCUGGUGAUGACAUCAUAAGAAUAUUCAAAGAAUCUGAAGAUUCUGAUCCUAAUGCACCAACAUUUGAACUAAUUUGCACCAAAUUGAAUGCACACUCCCAAGAUAAAAAUCUUAAAAGGUUGUAUACAACGGCCACUAAAAUGUCUACGGGAGAGAAUGUUGGUGUCCCACUCCAGAAAGUGACUGCUGUUCUGGAAAAUUUUGCACCAAAGCAACUGUCUGAAAGCUGGGACAACACUGGUCUUUUAGUGCAGCCAUACACUCCCAGGAACAUAUCAAAGGUUCUGCUGACAAAUGAUCUUACAGAAGAUGUAGCUUUGGAAGCCAAUGAUCAAGGAUGUGAAAUGAUCAUUUCCUACCACCCUCCUAUAUUUGCUCCCAUGAAGUCUGUGGUUCAGAGUGCUUGGAAAGAACGUAUUGUCUCAUUCCUCUUGGAAAAAAGGAUAAGUUUGUAUUCUCCGCAUACCAGUUGGGACAGCGUAAAGGGGGGAGUAAAUGACUGGUUGGCGAGUGCAUUUGAGGUUGAAGAAUCUAAGCCAAUUAUCCCAGGAACUGACCCCCAGGUUGGGGCAGGAAGGUUGCUGCAACUUAAAUCGAAUAUUUCUUUGACGGACGCGGUUUCAAAAGUUAAGCAAUUGACUGGAUUAUCGCAUGUGCGUUUCGCUCUUGGCAAGGGUAAAGACAUGUCGAGUGAAAUACAAACUGUAGCGUUGUGCGCCGGCUCCGGCAGCUCAGUUUUGAAAGGAGUUCAAGCUGGUUUAUAUUUAACAGGAGAAAUGCUUCACCACGACGUAUUGGAUGCUGCACAGAAAGGAAUAAGUGUAAUUCUAACCAAUCAUUCUGAUUCUGAAAGAGGCUUCUUGAUGGGCUUUUCUAAAAAUUUUCAGAAUCUGUUGAACAAUGACGUACAAGUUAUUGUUAGUCAAGUAGAUAGAGAUCCUCUUGUAACUCUUUAAGUCUCAUGAAUAAGUUGUUUUAAAACC